AUGGUACUAGUGCAAAUCCUGGCAAGCUGGCUGCAAGGACACCUCAGCAGUUCCGGUACUAUUUGGCUUGAUGAUGUAAGCUGUGAGGGAUCAGAGAGCUUUUUGUCCAGCUGUCAUUUUAAAGGCUGGAGUGUUACUGAUUGUUCUCACAAAGAGGAUGCAGGGGUGGUCUGUGAAAAUGGUAAGCAUCUCAUACUUAAAUACAUGGACAGCAGCCAUGAGUUCCACAUGGAUCACAGCCUGGGCCUCACUGAAGAGCUCGGGAGGCUUUUUGAUCGUGGUGACAACUGCAAUUUCAGCAUUCUGGUCCGAGACCUCAAUGAAGACAAAGUGGGACAGAAAACAUUUUGUGUCCAUCAGCUAAUUUUCUUUCUCUACCCUCAAUUUAAUAUCUCUAAUAGCUCCAACAACCUCACAAUUGAAGUUAGCCAACCCUGCCAUCCCCAUAUCUCCAGCUUCUUGAGGUAUCUGUACACACGCAAGAUUGACAUCACCAUCUCAUCAGCCCAGUGCCUACACCAGCUAUCCUAUAUUUAUCAGCUGUAUCAGCUUUUGGAGGAGAUAGGCAAAGUCUUUACCUUGCUCCUUCAUCAGGACAGUACCUUCCAGACCCAAGUGUCCCUAUACGAGUAUGGUGUCCGUACAAAGGACAUGCUGCUUCAGGAAAAUGUUCUUCAGUACCUCUCCUGGAACUUUGAAUUCCUUGUUGCCUCUCUAGUGUGGAAAAUUGUCUCCAUACACCUGAUAGAGGCACUUCUGUCUCGUUCAGAUUUAGUGGUGAAAGAUGAGUUUUUUGUGCUUCAGGCCCUAGAAGACUCAAUGAAAGAGAAAGGAGAGACAGUUAGUAUAGAAGACAAGGUCAACCUACUGAGUCACAUCCGCUUCCCCAUGAUUCCAGUAGAAAAACUUUAUGAUUUUCAGUACAGCUCAGGCAUGUACCAAGGCAAUGAAGCGUUUUACCACAGUGCUUUGCUGAAAGGCUUCCAAUUCAAUACACUGCCUUUCUCAAAGAUCAAAGAGCAUUUCAAUAACUUUGAAGACUAUCUGCCUAGGAUAUACACUGCUGAGCCAUGGAGGACUAUCAUCAAUUACACUUCCAACAGUGGCUCAAACAAUUACUAUGACUCUCGUUAUAACACACAUUAUGGCUAUAAUUCUCUCUCAUUUAUGACUCCUGUGUUAGGGUUGUGCUGUGAUUUGAACCUGGUUCACUGUCCUGUCCAUAACAGUGUGAUUUACAGGCACCAAACAAUCAACUGGCAGGUGCAGGUUCUUCAGAAUAAAUGGGAAUGCUCUCAGCAAGGUUUCUACUGUGACUCUUUGCCUGUAGCCAGACUUUUAAGCCAAUACAGUGUGAGGAAUUAUGAGAGCACUGUUCGCUUCAACAACAAGCUGAUUCUCUCAUGCAGGGCUGAAAACCUUGUGUUCCAUGUCCAAGAUUUUAAAAGUGGUAAAGCUAUAGUUCCAACCAACAGCAGUAUGGAUCUGCCUCAUCCCUGCCCUGAUGACUAUAGCUUUACUUUUGUUGUGCGUCCAGAGUACAUUUGA